AUGUCUUCAUACGAGUCAGAGCUGCUCCGAAACCCUUACAGUCUUAAACUAUGGUGUCGUUACUUAACCGCCCAAACCGAACCGUCUUUCGAGAAACGCUCCGUCGUUUACGAACGAGCACUCGAAGCAUUACCAAACAGUUACAAACUUUGGCACGCAUAUCUCCAAGAACAUCUCGAAUUCGUACGUAAUUUGCCCGUUUCGGAUCCACAGUACCAGAUUUUAAACAACACAUUCGAACGUGCGUUAGUUACUAUGAAUAAAUUCCCGAAAAUCUGGAUUAUGUAUUUGACUAGUUUGACUAAACAAAAGUUAGUUACUAAAACGCGUAAAGCGUUUGAUAGGGCGUUACGUGCGUUGCCCGUUACUCAACACGAAAAAAUUUGGGAGACGUUUUUGGUUUUCGUUAGUCAGAAAGGGGUCCCGAUCGAGACGUGUUUGAGGGUUUAUAAACGGUAUUUGAAGUACGAUAAAAGUCAUGUUGAGGAUUUGAUUGAGUUUUUGUUGAAUUCUGAGUUGUGGCAAGAGGCUGCGGAGAGAUUCGUAAGUGUUUUGAAUGACGAUAGGUUUAGUUCGAUUAAAAGGAAGACGAAACAUAGAAUGUGGUUGGAGUUUUGUGAUUUGAUUGUAAAAAACGCGAGUGAGAUUUUUGGGUUGAACGUUGAUGCGAUUAUUAGAGAAGGGAUUAGGAAGUUUAGUGACGAGGUGGGUCGGUUGUGGACUUCGUUGGCGGAUUUUUAUAUACGGAGGAAGUUGUUUGAGAAGGCUAGAGAUGUUUUUGAAGAAGGGAUGACGACGGUUGUUACUGUUAGGGAUUUUAGUUUGAUUUUUGAUGCGUAUUUGCAGUUUGAAGAAAGUCUGCUUGCUUUGAAGAUGGACGAGGAUGAGUAUGAUGACGGAGAUGAGGAGGAAGAGGAAGAAGAUGAUCGGCUUAACGUGGGGAAGUUGGAUGAGAAGAUUAAACGGUUUUGGUUAUCUGACGAAAAAGAUGUUGAUUUGAGGCUAACGAGACUGGAGCGUCUUAUGGAUAGAAGAGGGGAACUGGCUAAUAGUGUUGUUCUGCGUCAAAAUCCUCAUAAUGUUGAACAAUGGCAUAGGAGGGUUAAAAUCUUUGAAGGGAAUCCAAGCAAGCAGAUUUUGACUUAUACAGAAGCUGUACGAACAAUUGACCCAAUGAAAGCAGUUGGCAAACCACAUACCUUAUGGGUUGCGUUUGCUAAAUCGUAUGAAACACAAAACGACGUUGCUAAUGCACAGGUGAUAUUUGAAAAGGCUGUGCAAGUUAACUAUAAAGAUGUGGAUAGUCUUGUUAGUGUGUGGUGUGAAUAUGCAGAAAUGGAGCUUAGACACAAAAAUUUCAAGGGAGCGUUGGAACUAAUGAGGCAGGCUACAGCUGAGCCGUCGGUUGAGGUUAAACGCAGAGUGGCUGCUGAUGGCAAUGAACCGGUACAAAUAAAGUUGCACACGUCGGUAAGGCUUUGGACUUUUUAUGUGGAUUUAGAAGAAAGUUUAGGCACUUUGGAAUCCACCCGUUCUGUAUAUGAAAGGAUCUUGGAUCUACGAAUUGCUACACCGCAGAUUAUUAUAAACUACGCAAUGUUGUUAGAGGAUAACAAGUAUUUUGAGGAUGCUUUCAAGGUCUACGAAAGGGGGGUGAAGAUCUUCAAAUAUCCGCAUGUGAAAGACAUUUGGGUUACUUAUCUCUCAAAAUUUGUGAAACGAUACGGAAAGUCCAAACUUGAAAGGUGUAGAGAGCUAUUUGAGCGUGCCAUUGAAGCAGCCCCUUCUGAAGCCGUAAGGCCCUUGUAUGUUCAAUAUGCUAAGUUGGAAGAGGAUUACGGUCUAGCUAAACGAGCAAUGAGAAUUUAUGAUCAAGCAACAAAAGUUGUCCCAGCGAAUGAGAAGUUGAGCAUGUAUGAAAUUUACAUAGCACGUGCAGCUGAAGUUUUUGGGGUUCCUAAAAUUCGGGAGAUCUUUAAACAGGCCAUUGUUUCUGAUGGCCUUCGUGAGAAGGAUACCAUAAGGAUGUGCAUCAGGUAUGCCGAGCUUGAGACGAGACUUGGAGAAAUUUACCGUGCACGUGAAAUAUAUGUUCAAUCAUCUCAGCUUGCAGAUCCACCCUCUGAUGGUGAUUUUUGGAAGAAGUGGCAUGAUUUUGAAGUACAACAUGGUAACGAGGACACUUUCCGAAACAUGCUUUGUAUUAAGAGGAGUGCUUCUGUUGCUAAAAAUCUUGGAUUUGUAAGUGUUGGUGUUCAAGAAUCACAAAAAGAAUCAGGAAUACUGCAAAACCAAGAAGAGAUCGAUCUUCCAGAAGAUGUACUUGAUGAAGUAUUUGGUGGAUGUAAUAUCAGAAAAAGGGACGAUGAAGCAGAAAAUGAAAAUGGAGAUGGUGAGACCGGUCUUGGUGCACUUGAAAGAAUGCGUAAAAGGAUACGUCAAGGCAACUAAUAUUUCGAGGUCUGAAGAUUGGCUCAUUUUCGUUUCAAGAGGCAUUUUAAAACACUGGAUCUUGUUGUUUCUCAUAAUCUAGUUUAUAUAUAUAAAUCUCUAAAACUCUAUGUUA